AUGAACGUCGAACGUUGCAUCGAGCUUCACAACGAAAUCGUGCAGCAUGGCUGGAUCGGCUCAGGCCGCUCUCCAGAAACACUAACCUCACAAUCCAAAAGCUGGUUUCAGUUACAUGGGGGAAAGGCCGAAGCCGCACGGUCUGAUCUCUCCGCCGAGCUAAUCCAAUUCCUCGAGCAAGCCCAAGAUCCUCUCUCUGGACCAGGUUAUAUGUUCGAAUUCGAGGACUUGUUGUGGCCAUGUGACUACGAAGCCCGUACAGGUGAGAAGCAGAAGGACAUUAGAAGAAGGCGUUUGGUUUUGUACCAGGCGGGGCACUUUGGGACAGGACAUACUUGUGGACUGAUAUACGACCAGAAAACAACUUUGUGCAUAUUGGCUUUAACACUGUAUGACAUGGACGGUAUGGAUGAACGGAGAUGGUAUCCGCUAGAGACCGUCCUUAGCUUCUGGCUCUCCCAGAUUCGCCAAGGAAGUGUUCAGGCAACACCAGAAAAAGGAGGCAAGCUCAGAGAAGAAUGGUCUGCACUAGGAGAAAACCGGGAUCCCUCGAAUUGGGUAUUCGUUCCGUACAACGAGGUUAUGAUGAAAAGAAACCUGGAGAUCUGGGACAAGCUCGUUGAGGCGAUAGAGAGUCGCGUGCCUAUGGAAAGCAUCACCGCGCAGCCCAUAUACGGCCUCCUCGAAAACAACGUGCGCAAAACUAUAAGCCUACCGCAACGAUUUGCGUACAACUUCCUCUUUCGCGCCCGCCGCCCGCGUUUCAAAAAAAAAAAAUAG